CUCCUAACGGAAGCAGCAUCGGCUUCAUAUUUCAAUGAGAAAAUUGUGAAAUUCGAGACUGAGACGUACAAUUAGUCUCUGCCUUCAGCCAAGAUGAUCCACAGUCUCUUCCUAGUUAACUCCUCAGGAGACAUUUUCCUGGAGAAGCACUGGAAGAGUGUGGUGAGCCGCUCUGUGUGCGACUACUUCUUUGAGGCUCAGGAGCGUGCAAGUGAACCGGAAAAUGUCCCGCCUGUGAUCCCUACACCGCACCACUAUCUUAUCAAUGUUCUCAGACAUCGUAUAUACUUUGUGGCGGUCAUACAGAGUGAGGUGCCGCCGCUCUUUGUCAUUGAGUUUCUGCACAGAGUCGUCGACACAUUCCAGGACUAUUUCGGUGUGUGCACAGAGGCUGCCAUCAAGGACAAUGUAGUCGUAGUUUAUGAACUAUUGGAGGAAAUGUUGGACAACGGUUUUCCACUGGCUACAGAGUCCAAUAUUCUCAAAGAGCUUAUCAAGCCCCCCACCAUCCUCCGCACUAUGGUUAACACUAUCACAGGCAGCACCAAUGUCGGGGAACAGCUCCCAACUGGCCAGCUGUCAGUGGUACCAUGGAGACGAACUGGUGUCAAAUACACCAACAAUGAAGCAUAUUUUGACGUUGUGGAGGAAAUAGACGCCAUCAUUGAUAAGUCAGGUUCCACCAUAACGGCUGAAAUCCAGGGAGUCAUUGAUGCCUGCGUCAAACUGACUGGCAUGCCUGACCUCACUCUGUCGUUUAUGAAUCCUCGGCUGUUGGAUGAUGUCAGCUUUCACCCUUGUGUUCGAUUUAAGCGUUGGGAGGCUGAGCGGAUCCUCUCCUUCAUCCCUCCUGAUGGAAACUUCCGACUACUUUCUUAUCACGUCAGCUCUCAGAACUUGGUGGCCAUUCCAGUGUACGUCAAGCACAACAUCACUUUCCGUGAAGGAAGCUCUCAGGGGCGAUUCGACUUGACCCUGGGCCCCAAGCAGACUAUGGGCAAGGCUGUGGAGUCAGUGCUCGUCAGCAGUCAGCUCCCUAGGGGGGUUCUCAACGCCAAUCUUAACCCCUCCCAGGGAACAUACACCUUUGACCCAGUCACAAAGUUGUUGACUUGGGAUGUAGGCAAGAUCAACCCCCAGAAGCUUCCCAGCUUGAAAGGCACCAUGAGUUUGCAGGCAGGAGCCUCCAAACCUGAUGAGAACCCUACCAUCAACAUCCAGUUCAAAAUCCAGCAGAUGGCCAUUUCAGGGCUGAAGGUGAAUCGUUUGGACAUGUAUGGGGAGAAGUAUAAACCUUUCAAAGGUAUCAAGUACAUGACCAAAGCUGGGAAGUUCCAGGUGCGGACAUGA